AUGCGCUACCGACAAUGCCAGCAUCACUUCACCGACAGGGAUCAGCAAGCCAAGGCACUCAUCAACUGCAAUGACGUGCUGAGCACGAGUGAGCAGGAGGAGGUCAUCGCCUACUUUGCCCGCUCCCUGCGGGGCAGUGCGCAACUAUUAAAGGUUAUUGUCUGCCUCCAGGCGAUGCUGGCGUUGGUGUACACACUCCUCCUCCUGAGCGGCUCCCUGCUGAUCGACCUGUCUGUCGACAUGGCAGCGACCACGAGUCUCGUGCAGCUAGCCCAGCUACACAAGCAAGGCUCACCGGAGCCAGCGACAGCUGCACUGGAGCUGACAGCACCGUCACAAGCUCCUCUCGAAGCGCUGGCGGCGCUGGACGCGGAGCAGCGUGCCGCACAGCGCAAGUACGUGCAUGAGUACAUGAACCGCCGCACGGCCGGCGUGGUCGGCGUGCGAUCUGGGGGAGCGAUGACACUCCUCUCCGCCAUGGUGGUGCUCUACAGCAUUGCGCUGCUGUUGUGGGCGGGGUACAGCUGCUACGUGGCGUGUCGCCGACUUACCGUAAACGUCGAGGACCUCACACGGACGGAGCCCCUGGACCUGCAUAGGCGUCUCCCCGAGGAGAGAUUUUCGACUGCAGCGCCGCCUGCGAAGCCGCAGCGCACCCUCCGCCACCUGCGCCGGCGUGUCAAAGAGGAUCCGGCGGUUGCCCUGUACGCCGCAGCAGCCCUCGCAGGCCUUGGCUCGCUGUUCUGGGUGACCGCCUUGGUGCAUCGCCAGCGUGCCACACAGAGAGCCUACGCAGAUCUUGGGCUGCAGCCGCCGUCAGUGCUGUCGCUGCAGAAAAUCACCAACGCGGCGCUCGAGUACGUGCUGGCUGUGUGGCAGCCACUCUUCCACCUUGGCAUUGGGCUGCUGGUGCGCUCGAUGCUCGACACCCGCGACAACUUGGUGGCCCUGUCGAAGCUCAGGUACCGUUUCGAAAAAGUAUGA